AGAGUUGUGGGCGGGCCUGCUGGUCGUGGCAGCGCCACAGACCGGCACGUAAGUGGCCUGCAAUAUUUCUACAGAGAACUUGUCUGUCUUGUUUCAGUAACACAGUCAGGACAAAGACUGGGAGAUUAUUAAGUUGGGCUCGGGCUUUUCGGCUGUGGCAGACAUUUUUCGGUGUGCGUGGUUUACGUUUUAGCGCUGAAAAGUUUCCAGUUCGCUCACCUGCUGCUGUUGUUUACCCGUAGCGCCAGUCAGGAGACCAGUAUGGCAUCAUGGAUUGGCCUUAUUCUUGUGGUUUUGAUGGUCUGUUCACAUAGAGCAGAGGCGGGUAGAGAUGAAGUGCUGUACUGCUCAGCCUGCAUGGCGAUCGCAGAUGAGCUUAACUACACCAUCAGCCAGAUUGAUCCGAAGAAGACUGUUCAGGUUGGAGGGUUCAGGCUCAACCCGGAUGGGUCUCUCCAAGAAAAGACGGUGCCGCUGGCUAAGUCCCAGACUCACCUGUCCGAGCUGUUGGACGAAGUUUGUAACAGCAUGAGUGACUAUGCUCUCUACGAGGACCCUGACACCAAAGAGCAGAGCUACAAGAGGUUCGCUCCCAGAGGCAACGAUGGCGGGAACUUUCCAGAUUUCAAAAAUUUUAAAUUUGCUGGACCCGAGGGCACAGAUUCCUUAAAGUUUGCUUGUGAGACGAUUGUGGAGGAGCUGGAGGAUGAUAUCAUCUCUCUGUUCACCCGUGAAGAGAAGAGAGUGGCUAAGAAGUUGUGCAGUGAAAUAUCAGAUCACUGUAAAAACAGUGUAUUCCAGCAUGGUGAGCUGUAGUGUUGCGUGUCCGUCAGCUGGAGAGUGCCCCAAAGAACCUGAGCGGUAACCGUGGACCAGUCUAAUUCCAGAGUUUAAAUUGCAAAAAACUGUGAAAUAUAUUUUAUACAAAUCUGUAAUGAUUUUGAGUUGUAAUAUUUUGAUAAAGAUUAAUAAAA